CGUUCCUGGCUUCGCUAUCUUCCAUUCGACGACUUCGCGAGCCCCAAGAGAAGGCGGCUCCCAUUUAUUCGCAGCUAAGAAUACCUGGGCCUGUCAGGUGGCCCCGGGCAAAGCACCUUUCUGCAGGUCAUGGGACGGCUCUGGGAGGGUGCGCUCGAGCCCAGGCGAGUGCGGUGUAGGCUUGCCGCGACCAGCGCAUAGUAAGGCCAGAGCGAUGGUCUUGAUCUUGAUUCUGGGGCGGGCCGCCGUCGGGCCCGGCGGGGGUGCUCUCGUUUGGUGGGUGGUUGAGAUACGGCGCACGCUGUGGUGGACGGACGGACGAACGCAUCACCGCGCGAUGCUCCGCCGCACUAAUCACGCUCGGGCUCGGCAACCUGCCGGGCGAAUAAGGUUCAGCUGAGUGGCUGCGGUCGUUCGCACAGUGUCAUUCUUCGCUCGACCAACCGAGUUCUCGCCAUUGCCCCUGCUAAGUGCACUUGCUCCCUCGAACUGCACGAGAAGAACCUCACUUCUUUCUUCUGGGACUGCUGACCCAACCUGUACCGAAUACCCGCUGCGAUUCGUCGAAACGACGAUAUUUUUGACGGAGGCAGGCUGCAUGACCCAGUCACUUGUUCAUCCUGUUUUCCCAUCCUCCUAGUGGCGAGCGUAUAUAUAACACACCCACCGGGGGCCUACUAGUGCACUCCCACCACUCUCACCGCCGCAAUCAGACCAAUGGUGCAACCACAGGAAGUUGAUGUUAUCGUCGCGGGGGGCGGGCCUGCGGGCUGUGUCGUCGCGGGCCGUCUCGCGUUUGCUGAUCCCUCGCUCAAAGUCAUGCUCAUCGAAGGGGGUGCUAACAACAGAGACGAUCCCUGGGUCUACCGACCGGGCAUCUACGUCCGCAACAUGCAGCGCAACGGCAUAAACGACAAGGCCACGUUCUACACCGACACGAAGGCCUCGUCGUAUCUCCGCGGACGACAGAGCAUCGUCCCAUGCGCGAACAUCCUCGGUGUGCGGAGGGAGCAGGUGAGAAUGCCAUUCUUCGAUGCGUCCCGCAGAGAUAACCCGAACCCCCGCAGUAUUAAUUUCCAGAUGUACACAAGGGCAUCCGCUUCCGACUGGGAUGACUUUAAAUCCGAGGGAUGGACUGCGAAAGAUCUACUGCCUUUGAUGAAACGGCUCGAGAACUACCAGAAGCCGUGCAACAACGACACACACGGCUACGACGGCCCCAUCGCCAUCUCGAACGGCGGCAGCAUCACUCCCCUUGCGCAAGACUUUUUGCGAGCGUCGGAUGCGAUUGGCGUGCCCUAUAGCGAUCUGGAAACCGCGCACGCCUCUGAGAUCUGGGCCAAGUACAUCAACCGACACACCGGCCGCAGAAGCGACGCCGCGACAGCGUACGUGCACAGCGUGAUGGACGUGCAGGACAAUCUGUAUCUGCGCACCAACUCGCGCGUGUCGCGCGUGAUCUUCGAGGGCAACAAGGCCGUCGGCGUCGCAUACGUGCCGGCCCGCAACCGCGCGCACCAGGGCCAGGUCGUCGAGACCAUCGUCCGCGCACGCAAGUACGUCGUGCUGAGCAGCGGGACAUUGGGGACGCCGCAGAUUCUGGAACGUUCGGGGGUCGGCAAUGCCGAGCUGUUGAAGAAGAUGGAUCUGAAGGUCGUCAGUGAUCUUCCCGGGGUUGGCGAGCAAUAUCAAGAUCAUUACACCACGCUCUCUCUGUACCGCGUCUCCAACGAAAGCUUCACCCUGGACAACUUCCUCCGCGGCGACAAGGACGUCCAGCGCGAGCUGUUCCAGGAGUGGGAAGUCUCACCAGAGAAAGCGCGCCUGUCGUCCAAUGCGAUCGACGCUGGAUUCAAGAUCCGUCCUACUGAGGCCGAGUUGAAGGAGAUGGGACCCGAGUUCAAUGAACUGUGGGACAAGUACUUCAAGGACAAGCCUGACAAGCCUGUGAUGUUUGGAUCGAUCGUUUCUGGAGCCUACGCGGACCACUCGCUCCUCCCACCUGGCAAUUACAUCACCAUGUUCCAGUACCUCGAAUACCCGGCCUCGCGCGGAAACAUCCACAUCAAGAGCCCGAACCCGUACGUCGAGCCGUCAUUCGACAGCGGCUUCAUGAACAACAAGGCGGACUUUGCGCCGAUCCGGUGGAGCUACAAGAAGACGCGCGAAGUCGCGCGCCGGAUGGACGCGUUCCGCGGUGAGCUGACGUCGCACCACCCGCGAUUCCACCCCGCGUCCCCCGCGGCGACGAGGGACAUUGAUAUCGAGACGGCCAAGGGCCUGCUGCCCAACGCGCUGACCGUCGGGAUCCACAUGGGAACAUGGCAUGCGCCCGGGGACAAGUACGACGCCAGCAAGGUGCACGAGGACAUCAAGUACACGGAGGAGGACGACAAGGCGAUCGACGACUGGAUCGCGGACCACGUCGAGACGACGUGGCACAGCCUCGGCACGUGCGCGAUGAAGCCGCGCGAGGAGGGCGGUGUCGUCGACAGCCGCUUGAACGUGUUCGGGACGGAGAACCUCAAGUGCAUCGAUCUCAGUAUCUGCCCCGACAAUCUCGGCACGAACACCUACUCUUCUGCGCUCCUCGUGGGCGAGAAGGGCGCGGAUAUCCUCGCUCAGGAUCUCGGCCUCAAGAUCAGAGUCCCGCACGCCCCGGUCCCGCACGCGCCAGUCCCGACCGGAAAGCCGGCGUCUCAACUCGUCCGCUAAGUGUCAGGGAGAAAUUUGUAACUUUUUUGUAUCAGUAUGUCACGUGUCAGGAGAACCUGGAAUUGUAUAAGCUUCAAUCGGC